AACACAUAUAGGUAAAUACAACUCCUAAAUCAUCUGACUAAGCUGGAAGUGGUAUGAGGGUGCCUUACUAGCAUCUUGAGAUCGGUGUUUUCGGAUCUCGAUGAUGACAAGAGGCUGGGGGAGGAGGUACACUUUGUGGGACUAGAUGCAGUUCAAAAGUAGGUUGGUGUUGGGAAUGUGCAGGGAAGAUGGGCCAGGCAUUGUGUAUAUGUUCCCGUGGCUCAAUCACCAUCGACAACAAGAGAUACUUCUUCAUUCAGAAGCUAGACGAAGGGGGGUUCAGCUACGUGGACCUUUUGGAGGGCGUCCAGGACGGUCGCUUCUACGCCCUGAAGCGGAUCCUGUGCCACGACCGGGAGGCGCGGCAGGAGGCCCAGACGGAGGUGGAGAUGCACCAGCUCUUCAACCACCCCAACAUCCUGGGCCUCACCGCCCACACCUUCGUGGACCGCAGCGGGAAGACAGAGGCCUGGCUGCUGCUGCCGUACAUCAGUAAGGGAAGCCUGUGGUCCGUUCUGGAGAAACUCAGAGACAAAGGAAGCUCCAUGCCAGAGAGGCGCAUCUUACUCAUUUUGCACGGCAUCUGCACCGGACUCAAGGCCGUCCACGAGCGGGGAUACGCACACAGGGACCUGAAGCCCACCAACGUGCUCCUGGAUGAGAAUGACCGCCCGCUCCUAAUGGACCUGGGCUCCAUGAACAAAGCCCGAAUUGAGGUCCGGGGGUCCCGGGAGGCCAUGACGGUGCAGGACUGGGCGGCGCAGCGCUGUACCAUCUCGUAUCGGGCCCCCGAGCUCUUCAACGUGGAGAGCCACUGCAUCAUCGACGCCCGCACCGACAUCUGGUCGCUAGGCUGCGUGCUGUACAGCAUGAUGUUCCUGCAGGGCCCCUUCGACAUGGUCUUCCAGAAGGGCGACAGCGUGGCCCUGGCCGUCCAGAACUCGGUCCUCAUCCCCCAGCCCUGCAGCUACUCGGAGGGCCUGCAGAAUCUCCUGCGCUCCAUGAUGGUCUCCAACCCCCAGGAGAGACCUGCGGUGGCCUGGGUCCUGGAUCAGGUGCAGGACCUGCGGACAUGCAGCCCCAACACACACACCAACAUGGUGUGACCCCCACCAACAUGGUGUGACCCCCACCACCACCACCACCACCUCCCACCCCUCUCCCAAGGCUCCAGGUGUAGGAGGUGUAACACCUUAGAACGCAGAACUUAGAGGUUAUUCCACAUAAAGAGAGUAGGAGGGUGCGUGAGACGCACAAACACACACACACGCGCACACACACACACACACACUGUGCUCUCCUCUGCGUUUGCACGUGAAAGGUGCUUCGUUCCCCCAUGAUACAGAGAGAUAAUAAUUUGGCACUCCAUCCUCGAAUAAAGUCUCUGUUUGGACACUUGCUUGAUCAUCUUAAAGUUGAGGAAAGGUCAAUGAUUCUCAGAUAACCUGGGUUGUCACUGUUCACUGAUCAUUUGGUUAGGAAUUGUUGUUCAUUUGUUUGUCAUUCCAGAAGGGAAGCCAUUGCUGUAUGCUUUGCUUAACCUUUCAAUGGAAGUAAAAUACUUUAAGUUCACAGUGCCCGAAAAAACAUUCCUGUUAUCCAGUUUGAUAUGGCUAUGACUCAUUUUUUCACAGACUAACUAUAACUGCAUCUUUUUUAAACCAUGCAUCUUGAAUGAAUUGCUCUCCCCUGCAAUACUGCAUCUGACCACAGGGCCGCGCUGCUGCACCACCUUUCACCAGAGACUCUGCUUGGCGGCUUUGAAUUGAUCCCAGUUGUGCCUGUUUCGCUUUUUGUGUGGCGUUUGGUAAAUGCUGGAAAUUUAAUUUGUAGACUAAACAGCGUUUGGCUGUCACAGAUUUUUUUCCGGCUCUUCUUCUGUAAAUAUAGGCUCAUGUUUGUAAAUUUGGUCAAACCUUGACCAAAACACUUAUUUCGCUCAUGUGUAAAGUAGCCUAAUGAAGUGUUUAUAUUUAUUUAUAAUCGGUACAGUUUCAUUCCAUCGUUUAUAAUUUAUUCAUUACCCGUUGUCUGUUUUGUUUGAAUAUCGAGUAGGCCUCUUGGACCGAGGAAACGUUAAGUUCUGUUCCUACUCAGUGUUCACCUUUUCUCCAACCUGGGAUUUUAAUUGAAUUGUGGCAUUUAAUCAUAAUGUUAGGAUGCUACUAUGAGCAUUUAGGUCAAUAUUUGGCUGUUGGACUCUAUAAAAGGAAAAUUUCACGUUAUUGUAUUUUUGUGUGUGCUUUAAUUGGUUUCACUAAUUGAAUGGUUGCGUGUCGAGCCUUCUCUUAAAUACUGACAUAACGGGAAAUCUGGAUUCGUCAAAUGCUUUUUUUUUUUUACAAUUGUGUAUGACAUCGAUAUCAAUAAGGGAAUGUGUUAUAAGAAAAUAUAUGUAAUUAGUUUUUACUGAAUCGAAAUGAUCAAGUUAAGAUUCUCCUGUCAAACGAAACUGUACGAUUCUUGGUUUUAAUAAAACUUGUACCGUUACUGAUAAUAUCUGAA